ACAUUCUGUACUUUCUGGAGGGGGCGUGGUCUUUUUUGACGUCAUUGGAGCGCGACGGAACUUCUCUCUCGUCCGCGUGCGCCGCCGUCGCGCGUUACACGCACACAACAACAGAGAUGGCCGCUGCGGGUUUCUGCGGGAGCUGGUUCGUGUUCUCCUGCGACAGCAAGCUGGUGGCGGUGCACAGUAAACAGAGGCAGCGAGAACCGUUUGUGUUCGACUGCGGCGCCGCCGAGCGGACGCCGAGGAGCACGAAGGACGAUGACAACAGUGGCGGCGGCGCCCCGGAGGAAACAGGAAGUGACAGAGUCCUCGCCUUCACCGCGUCUCCAUCUGGAAAGCUGGUGGCGCUGACCGACGACAACAAGAGGCUGGUUCUGCUCCACUGUGAGCCUUCGUGGCGAUGUAUCAGCGUCAGGUCCGUGGCGAGGAGGUGCACCUCUCUGCUCUUCAGCCGCGCCGAGGACGAGCUGCUGGCGGCGGACAAAUCAGGAGACGUGUACUCCUUCUCGGUGGCGGAGCCGCAGAGGGAGGGCGAGCUGAAGAUGGGCCACCUGUCCAUGUUGCUCGCUGUGACGAUGUCGCCGGACGACAAAUACAUCAUCACAGCCGACCGUGACGAGAAGAUCAGAGUGAGCCACCGCAGGUCUCCGUACAACAUCCAGUCCUUCUGCCUGGGGCAUCAGGAGUUUGUCAGUGCUCUGCUGAUCCCUUCAGGUCACCCCCGCUGGCUGCUGUCGGGAUCAGGGGACGGGACCGUGAAGCUGUGGGAGUUCGAGUCCGGCCGUAAGCUGCAGAGCUGGGACCUCCGAGAGCUCGAAGAGACGCCGACCUCUGAGGCCGACAAACAGAAGAAUCCAACAGUGUGCAGAAUCGCCAGCUCUCCUGACGCUCGCCACGUAGCUGUACAGUGUGAAAGGGUUUCGGCGGUUCAGUUCUUCACCGUGGAGCAGGAAGGGGAGGAGAAGCUCGUUCCACACAGCCGGCUCGCCCUGCCCCACUGUCCCCUAGACGUGACCUUUGACCCGGAGGGCCGACUCUGGGUGCUGAUGGACUCCAGUGAAAUGCCGCUCCGAGUCUACACACACAGACGGGACUCCUGGGAGUGCGCCGCUGAGAGCCCUGAACUCCACACAGUGACUGAAGCUGUCAGGCCGCACUGGGAGACACUCGAGGUCUCGGCGAGGACCAGCAGCCGCUUCGAGCACCUGCACAAGGUGACCUUCGACAACGUGACUGCGUACCUGCAGAAGAAGCAGCAGCGGCUGGAGGAGCAGCAGCUGAAGAGGACGAAGGCGCCCAAAGCCAACGGCAACAAGAAGGCGAGGAAGGAGACGGCCGACACCCCCGCGUCCACCUGAGAGGACCCCUCACACAGAGCUCGAUUAUUGAUUAUCUGUUAUUAUUAUUAUUUCUUUAUUGGAUGAUGGAUCUGAGUUGAUUUAAUUUGUCUGAUUUAUAAAAAUAAACACUGCAGCUGAA